CGUGCAUUGCAUCUACGGCACGGAUCCACCCGUCCGGCAAGCGGAUAUUGCAGCAGUCAGAGGCUCGACACUGCGGUAUCGCCGUUCAACUGCACUCCUCGUGUCAUCAACACGCUGCUAUGGUAGAAGGCCAUCCGGUGCCAGAUUUCCUCGACAAAACAUUCCCGCAUUUGCAUUUUUUUGUGCGCCGGAACUGUUCCAGCAGUCAACUUGAGUGUGGCCUCGCAUGGACAAGACCUGCAGUUUGAUAACGCAGGACCCGGCUCUCAACACUCCAUUGUUCUUUAAUCGACAGUGCUGUUCUGCUGAAGCCUACAAAGGAUCUUCGCUUCAGAUUUGACCUGCAUCUUUCCCGACCAGAUGGUUGCAAAUGCAUGAAACAAGUAACACCGUAACCCGGAAGAGGAUUCAACUAACACGAAAAAACAAGGAACCAAAGCGUUUGUACAGCGGGAAUUGCCCACAUCAAGGUAGAAGAUGUACUUCCGUCCUUAUAGCAGCAAGCGAUUCCCAAUAAGGCAUUUUUAUUGCCUCAUAGUAUGCGCUACGUUUCUCGCCACGUGCUCCGUACUUUAUAUGUCAUGGCCCAAACAUCCGCUACCACCGUUUUACUGUUGGGAUCUGCCCGCGCGAGAGGUGACGGUGGAAGAGUACAACGAUACCUUCGUGCCAAACAUUGUGCAUUUCAUAAGACUCGGAAACGCUUCGUUGUCCUUCAUUGAGGUUGUGAGCAUUCGAGCAGCGUGGCUCCAGCAAAACCCCGACUUUUUGAUGAUCCACUGCGACAACUGCAGCGCGACUAUACAAAGCGCGUACUGGAGACACAUUAAAGACAUACCACGACUGACUCUGAGGUACGUAGAGAAACCGGAGGCAGUUUUCGGCAUCAAGGUGAGCUGGAUCGAGCACGCCUCUGACAUCGUUCGCAUCAGGGUGCUUAGAAAGUACGGAGGCAUCUACCUCGAUAGCGACUCCUAUGUCGUGAAGAGUUUGGACAAGUACAGGCGGUAUGAAACGGCCAUAGGGUGGCCACCAGGCCAGAGCAUCGGCAACCAAAUCAUCGUGGCCCAUAAGCAAUCCGUGUUUUUACGUCUGUACUACGACUUGUAUCGCAAGUAUCGGCCUGACCUCUGGUAUUACAACGCUGGUCAUCUACCGACGCAGGAGAUACUCGAUGCGAAGCCUCACCUAGUUUACCGAAUUCCAUGCGAUUUUGGAGUGCAUGAGGACAUCUCCAGGAUCUUGUUUGAGCAGUGCAAUGACGACUGGAGGAACUUUACAGCAGUGCACACGUUCUUCAGGCACCGGGCUUACUACUGUCCCUUUGACAAGUUCGGACCAAUCAACUUCGAGACUGUAGGGCGGUACGCAGCGAAUUUCGGAAAGAUGGCACGCCUCGUGCUCAUAGGCUCUACAAAGUUGGGUGGUUCGAUGGUGAAGAACAUAUCUUUACUCAGUGCGGAAAAGUUGGAUUAUUCCGAAGGAUGUGGAUAAUUGUUUUUUCGCUUGGCGUAUCCAAUCGCUUCUGUAAGUAUACUUUCAUAUGCGAUAUAUUUGGCAGUGAGAAAAAUUUAGUUGUUGCUUCAUCCACUUAUGUACGUACUUCCGGUAACUAUGGUUAAUUGCAUGAUGAAGUUGUAUGACCAUAAUCUUUGCUGAUCCAGUUACUUCCACACACACACACACACA